CAACCCGUUCACACCUCACCGAGCGAGCAGCUAGCUAGCUGCGGCGAUGGCCUCCAGAGCGGCGGCGGUCGCCGUCCUCCUCCUCGCCGUGGCGGCGGCGCCGCUCUUCGCCGCGGCGAGCGCGCAUGGCCGAGGCUACCUUGGUGCCAAGUCCUGGCCUCCUGACGGCAGCCUGAGCUCAUCAAGCUCCGGCGAGGCUGCAGCGGCGGACGUCGACGACGGCCACACGGACUGGAAGUGCUACUCCUCCUGCAUGAGCAAGUGCUGUCACCGCCACGACGACGACGACGACGACAAGGCCAAUGCCAAGGCCAACGCCACCGCCGGCGCCGCCGCCGUCGGGCUCGACGAUGACUACAAGUGCAAGAAGCAGUGCCUCGGCAACUGCUUCAAGGACGUGCCGGCCGUUUGCUACCACAAGUGCGUCGACGACUGGUGCGCGAAGCUGCCACCAUAUAGCUCCGCGAAGGUGCAGUGCUACAAGAAGUGCGGCGAUAAAUGCUUCCACCACGGCCCGAAGCCUGGGCCCAAGCCCAAGCCCAAGCCGAGCCCACCAAAACCCAAGCCUGGACCGAAGCCUAAGCCUCCCAAGCCUGGGCCGAAGCCGAAGCCUCCCAAGCCAGGGCCGAAGCCGAAGCCGAAGCCUCCAAAGCCAGGGCCGAAGCCGAAGCCGAAGCCGCCGAAGCCCGGGCCGAAGCCGAAGCCAGGGCCGCCACAGCCCUGGUGGCCUAUACCAUUCCCGAAGCCGCCGUGUCCCCCCGGCGCCGACGGGUCGUCGUCGGCGGUCGACGACAAGAACAACUGAUCACACAUCAUACCUAAAUUAUACAUAUGAUUAAUUUGAGAUCAAAGAAUUUACAGAGUAAAUACAGCCAGGGCGACGUCUCAUUGCUGCAAAUUAACUAUUGUAUAGAUGGCAUAUGCACGGUAAUUGUCAAGUGAUCUAUCUGUAAACCUGGCAUAUCAGCAUAUGCAUGCCUACUCCUAUGGAUGAAUUCUAUACGUACUUUCGUUCAAAAAACAAUUCUAUAUGUAUUGAA